CAGUAUUUUAGUCGCCACCCGCUGCGAGGCUACCUCCCUGUGCAGUCGAUGCUCGAGGCUGAAGUUAUUGACACCGACACGUCCUUGUCCUCCCCGAUGCUUCCACACGCUGAUACACAUUCAAGGAUAGAACACUUUGCCAGCAGGCUUGCCGAAAUGGAAAAUCAGAGCGGGUCCUUCUUUACCGAUAGUCUUUCCCCUGAUGACAGCAUCGAUGAAGAUCAGUAUAUACUACGCCAUUCCAGUCCGAUCACAGACCGAGACCCAUGCGGUACUUCACAGUGUACAGGAACAAUGGAUCCGAAGGAAGAAGAGGGUGAGCUGGAAAAGGUCAUCGCACAACUGGAGCAUGAAAACAGAAUUCUACAGGGAGAGCUGAAAAGACUCAAAUGGCGACAUGCGGAGGCUGGAGAGCAAGCCCUCCUCGGCGAGGUGUCGCCGGAUUCGGGAGGCAGCGGCAGUGGCGAUGUACAGAGCGAGGAAUUGCUAAGCGAGGCGCGGAUUUUACGGCAUCACAAAAGCCGCCUUGAGACUCGUAUGCAGAUAUUGGAGGACCACAACAAGCAACUGGAGUCCCAGCUGCAUCGUCUCAGGGAAUUGCUUCUACAGCCUAGCGUGGAUGAAGGCAAGCCUCUGUCAUCAGCCCCGUCUCCGGAUUCCGAGAGCAAGUCGUAUCAGAACAACGGGACGCCCGAGACCGAGGCUGCAGAUGACAUGGACAGUCGAACAAAAGACAUCGGGCUAUGCUUUGAAGACAUAAUGGAAAAGCUAAGAAAUGUGCUUCCAAGUGCAAAAGAUGACGCUGCCGAAUGA